UUUCGUCCGAGUCCUCGCCGUCAUGUCUGGACUCGAAGAAUUGCUGCAAAGCAAAGUGCUCGUCGCGACCACCGAUGGCCGGAUAUUCGUCGGCACUCUGCGCGGCUUUGACCAGAUGUGCAACAUCAUUCUAGAACACACUGUUGAGCGCGAGUUCAACGCACAGCGCGGCGUCGUGAUUGUCGCGCUGGGUCUGUACAUUAUCAAGGGCGAGAACAUUGCUGUCGUCGGAUCAGUCGAUCCUGAGAUUGAUGAGAGCAUGGACUUGUCGCAAAUCAUGUGCGAUCCUCUGCCCAAGAUUGCCGUUUGAAACAGACCAAACACAAUCAUCAUGCAGUGUUCGUUGAUGUGCUGCUACUGGAAUUGUCGAUUGGACAGAAACGCCAGCCCCGAGAGUCUCCAUAAGUUCGUGUCCUGCUUCUGAAUGAACAGCGCCGCUUUUAUCAUUGUGUGCUCGGUCGCUUGCAGCUGAGUGUCCAAACAAUUUAUUGGCAACAUUUCGCGUCUCUUUUGCUCCCG